AUGUCGUUUGUUCCUUUCAUCGUCGUCGUCAAUUAUGAACAAACCUCGUUCUGUGGUUGUUAUUCGACGCGACUUUCUGCAGAAUCAGCUCAGACUAGACAAAGAGAAGAUGCUGAAACUCGUCCUCCUCCUGUGCGUACUGAGCCUGGCAGUGGCGAUGCCCCAAUUCAACUGGGAUUUCAACACGGGCCUCAACCUACCGGGAGGAUUCGGUGCCAACGUCAACGGAGGGGGCAUCGUACAACAACCAUCCUUGGGGACCGUAUGGAAACGUUGGCGCCGGAGCAAACGUUAACACGCCCUUCGGAAACGCUGGUGGCUCUACCGGAUUCUACAUCCCGGGAAGGCGCUAAGUACAUACCAAAGAAUAACUAUAACUACUGCUACACGAACAACUACUGUUUACAAAGGGGUGAUCAUCAACAAUCGCCGACUACCAUCAGAGUGUGAUAACCACUUGUUAAGAGCUACCGACACUACCAACUACUCACAAGUACCAACCACUUGAAAGCACUAGCGUAGAUGACCACUUAGAAGCACUAAAGUACCAAGAAGUACUAUGAGCGGGUAUUAAUCUCUUAUUAACGUUGACUACGUGCAACACCGAUUACCUAAUAACACUAAAUACUUCAGAGGACUAAUUACUUAUGAAAAUCAAAUAGUUUAAAUAUUGAGGUGGUUGCUAUUUACAAGCGUCAGAAAAAAUAAUGUAUGAAGAAUCUAUAAAUAUUUAGGAUCACGUUGAACGACAUACAGAUUAAUGUUUUUAUUUGCAUUUUAAUUUUGUUUUUAUUUGCUAUUUUUAUUUAUGAGUUAUGUGAAUUUUACAGUAUGUUCAUAAAAAAAAAAAAAAAAAAAAGAAUACCAAGGAAAUAAGAGAUAAACAACGUCUAAUUUCCAAUCAACUAUGUAUCACGUUAUUUAGGCUAUUUUUUUCUAAAAAAUAAAAGCAUAUAAAUAAAUAAAACAAUGUUUUAAUGAAUAUCAAUUAAUUACUUAUGCUGCCAAUAAUUGAACAAA